AUGGCAAAUACCAAACAAAAGGGAAUCACAUACACCCCUCCUACAAAGAAACGAUUACCUCAGCUGUAUAAGCUCAAGGAAAAAACUACAACCAGGGGAUCGAGGUCAUCUUGGGUGAAAGAUUCAUGGGCUAGGAAAACAAAGUCGGUAACAUCAUCACCAAUAAAAUCACCCUCAAAGCAUAAAUCUGGGUCGCCUCACUUGCUCUAUGAAGGUGCUGACUUUGAGUUUGACCAAGGCAAGCAACAGUUAUCUUCAUUUCCCCGGUCUGACCGGACCAUACAGAGUCAGAAUGCAUAUCUCCGGCAAUGGAAAUGCAAGUUCAAGGACUACAUAAAUUCACUCAUGAUCAGAGAAGCCCCACCAGCCAACCGACUUUGCUCAGUCUGCAAGAAGGAUGGGGUGUAUAGAUGUCAUGGCUGUUUCAAUGAGCCACUCUUUUGCACAGACUGUUGCAGAAUUCAACAUCAAAGACAUCCAUUCCAUCGCAUCAGUCAAUGGACCGGAUCAUUUUUUCAAGAAACUUCACUCAUUAAAGUUGGCCUGCACAUUCACCUUGCUCACGACGGCACUCCAUGUCCCAGCAGCACCGAUGACUCAUCAGACUUCUUUCAGUGGUCAGAUACCGAUGACAAUAUAGAUGACGAUUAUCCGGAAGGACCUUUCAUUCAACCGGUCAGAGACUCAGAUCGUCCGGCAAUAACUGUAGUAGACAAGUCCGGCGUUCACUCCCUUUCCAUAUGUUAUUGCCAAUGCCCCAGUGCUCUCAGCCGAGACAUACAGCUCUUUCAAGCAGGCUUGUUUCCGGCGUCUUUCACCAGACCAAAAACUGCAUUCACAUUCGCUGUCUUGGACGACUUUCUGUUAGACAAUCUCGAGUGCGGUACAUCGGCCAUGAAUUACUACAGCAAAAUUCGCAGACUCACCUCUAGCAUCUUUCCACUGAUGGUUCCGGAUCGCUAUAGAGAGCUCAUGAGAGCUGCCAGGCAGUGGCGACAAUGCAAGCUCUACAAGUGGCAUGGAUUUGCCCACAAAGAUGACCAGCCAAAGGAUGGUGAUCUUGCCCUAUUUUGUCCGGCAUGUCCGCAACCGGGUAUAAACUUGGACCUGUCUACCAGUACAGUCGCCCAGCCUGACGAUACACCUUCCUGGCUCAUGACUAGGUAUUUGGUCAUGGAUGGCAAUUUCAAAGCCGAGCACAUGCAUCCGGUGAAUCCAUCCGAUGAAGUAUCAUUAAUGGAUGGUCUGGGGUUCAUGGUCUCCGAUGAAAGAUACAAGAGCCAUUUGGCCAUUGCUCAAGACAAUGUCCAAAGGUCGGAUUGCAAUAAUCACCGGGCAGUAAAUCAAGCAAACGCCUCGCGGCAAAGGCUGGAAGCCACCGGUAUAGGAGGAUGUGCAUGUGCACGGCAUGGAUGUUUUGUCCCACAUUCCAUGGUUGACUUUCAGAAAGGCGAAAGGUCAGUACAUAUUGCAUCCGCUCUCAACUAUAAGACCGACGGAAUCUCUCGAGCCAUCACAUUCUACGACAUAAAUUGUCAGUAUAACAAGUAUUUGAAGGACCGGAUCGCUUCCAGCAUGUAUCUUUCCAUCCCCAUAGGUAUGGAUAUCAUUCCUGGAAUCGGUUUGUGGCAUGUACAUGGACAUCAAGACAACUGCUUUGUCCGGUAUGCAUCAAAUUUUAUCCAUGGGACCGGCCGGAUAGACGGAGAGAUUAUGGAAACCCUCUGGGCACCUUUGAAUAUAAUAUCUCCAUCGGCCAGGGGCAUGGGAACUCCCCAUCGCAAGGAGGUAUUGGAUUAUCAGAUGAAUGAUUGUAAUUUCAUGAAAAUGAUUCGUAUAACUAAGUUUCUGUCCAGAAAAUUCAAAGAGGCCAUCAAGGGGGCUUCGGAAAGCAAACUUGCUUUUGAUAAUCUUAACGAGACCGCCAACCCCGACAUGGUAGUUCUUUGGAAGGCAGAGGAGGCAUUGGCUCAUGCAAACAGAGCAGAGGAUCCUACGGCUAUGGACAUCUAUGAGGUCCGGUUGGAAAGAGGCAAGUCCGCCACUUGGCUUGCAACCGGUCUUACCAUAGAGGAAUCGCAAAUAUCUCUCUGCAAGGAUGUGAGAAGUUUGCGAAUGCACCCAACGGACAUGCAACUGUUGAGAGUGGCUCGAUGCCGGGAUAAGCUUCACACUCAGAUCACGAGCUUUCUUGAGAUGUCACCUACUUAUCUCGGAGUUGGAGUCAAUGUCAAUGAUCCGGAUUGUCUGGUUACUGUUUGUAACUCACUGGAUGAUUGUGAAGAUUACUCCGAUUUUGACGAAGAUCAAAAUCCUGAUCUGGACGUACACAAUGCUUCCAUAUUUCAACCGGAGCUCACUGUCAUACCCCUACCAUCCAACAUUGGUGCAGUGAGGUGCAGGGAGUUAGGUCUCACCAAUCUCAUCAAAGAAGAAAUUGCCCUCCGAGAAGGUCAGGCCAAUGACGCACUGCAUGCCAUUAGAGUUCAUUUAGGAGAUAAAGCUGUUUUAUUCCGCAAUACUGUCCGGUCAGCCAAGUCACAGGCUUCAUCUACUAGGGCAUGGACUCGAGUUCGCUCAGUUGAAACAGCAGUCAAUCUCCAUGCUCGUAUAUAUUCGAAAUGCCGGUCGCAACUGGCCAAACUCCCUGACCACGACCUCUUGAAGAAAUACCUUCCUUUGAAGAAAGAAGACCUGAAAGCCAGCUCUGCGGUGGCCGAUCCAAAUGCACGUGGUCAGAGAGAUACCACUCUUUCAUGGUUCUGGUCCUUGGAUGUUCAGGGAGACACAUCAGGAAAUGACUGGAUGACUGAAUUUUACCGGGUUAAUUGGCUCCGGACAAAAGCACUGCGCGAUCGCUGGAAUGAGGAGGUUAUUCUUGUCAAACACGAAAUGCAGUGGUCAAUUAAUUUCUUCACCCACAGAGCCAAGCAAUGGCUCUGUCACAUGCACAAUGCUACUUCUGCAGGGCUCACCGGACAUACAUGUUAUGCUGCCAGACAAUCUCACAUAUAUGACCUGCUGGCAGCACAUGCAGAGGAUGCUUUUCGGAAAAUGAUCGUUGGGAUAGAAGUCCCAGUUCCGGGUUAG